GGCAGCUGUCUCUUGCAGCUGGGCAAUGGUGUGAACCUUAUGGAUCCAAGUUUCCAGCAAAAACUGGAGGGUGAGAAGGAACUACUUCGCCGUGCUAUACAGAAAGAACUGAAGAUUAAAGAGGGAGCAGAAAACCUGCGCAAAGCGACAACAGACAGAAAGAAUCUUGUUCAUAUAGAGCAUGUGCUGAAGUCUUCCAACCGAAAACUGGAGCAACUGCAUUGGGAACUUCAGGAGCUAAAUGCAAGGAUUGUAAUAACAGAUAAAGAGGAGAGUAAUACAGAUGGAUCUGUAUCUCCAGAUCCUUGUCUCUGGGAAAGAAACCCAGACCCAAUGGCAAGGAAGGUUGAAGCUCUGAAAAAGCAGCUGCAUGUUGAAAUGAAAGUGAAGCAAGGAGCUGAGAACAUGAUCCAAAUGUAUUCAACAUCCAAGGAGCGAAAGCUGCUGGCUACAGCUCAGCAGAUGCUUCAGGACAGCAAGACAAAGAUUGAAAUAAUCCGCAUGCACAUUGUGAAAGUAUCUCAGUCAGCAGGAGGGAUGGAAGAUACAGUGGAUUCAGCAGUGAGGAUGGGGACCACCAUCAGUGCUUUGGAGCUGCGUAUUGAGGAGCUGAGACAUCACCUGCGCAUUGAAGCUGCUGUAGCUGAGGGGGCAAAAAAUGUGCUGAAGAUCCUAGGAGGGAGCCGGGUACAGGAUCGCAAGUUUUUGGCUGAGGCUCAGGGUCGUUUGCAAGAGUCCUCCCAGAAGAUUGACCUGCUGCGCUUGUCCUUGGAACGUCAGCUUAGUGAGCUUUCUCCUGAUCACCCAAAAAGAGCACUCAUCAAGCAGGAACUAGUAAAUACUUCCUCCCUGGGAGCUCAGCAUGGCAGCAUCCAACCCACUUCUGUCAUCAAACCUACAGCCCUUACAGGAACAUUGGAAGUGAGACUGAUGGGGUGUCAGGAUCUAUUGGAAAAUGUUCCAGGACGUUCCCGAAUGACUAGUUCUUCUCCCAUCUGUGGCAGCCCAAGUGAUUUGAGGUCCCUUUCCCGUGCACGAGUUGGCCUGGGUAUCCAUGGCCGCAGUGUUGCAGGAAAGUACCUGCGGAAUGAAGAGCCUUGUAAUGAGGCCCUUGCUGUGCUCAAAGUGGACAAUAAAGUGGUUGGCCAAACAAACUGGGGACCAGUUAAUAACCAGGCAUGGGACCAGAGCUUUGUCAUUGAGCUGGACCGGUCUCGUGAGCUAGAAAUUGCAAUUUAUUGGAGGGACUGGAGAGAACUAUGUGCAGUGAAGUUUUUACGUUUGGAUGAUUUCCUUGAUAACAAACGUCAUGGGAUGUGCCUCUCACUUGAACCCCAAGGAAUGCUUUUUGCGGAGGUGAUGUUCUGUAAUCCUGUCAUUGAGAGAAAGCCAAAACUUCAGCGACAGAAACGCAUUUUCCCCAAACAGAAAGGGAAGGAAUUUCUCCGAGCUCCUCAAAUGAACAUAAAUGUUGCUGCUUGGGGUCGUCUGAUGAUGAGUUUCCUCCCCCCAUGUAGUUCCUUGAGCACCCUGAGUCCCCCGCUUCAUGAUCCCAUUCACACAGACUUCUCUCCAGUUUCCCCGCAAAGUCAUGUUGAUUCAAUGUCCAAACUGAGCAGUGACUUUCCUGUGGCUAAGCUUACGUUUGCUGAUGAAGCACCACCCAAGCCUCCACGCCUUUUACUGAUGGCCAACUCCAAAGAAUCAACACCAUCUCCUGCAGAUUCUCCG